AUCACGAGUGAGCAUUUUUCGCGCUGGUUGGCCUCACAGUUUGAGUUCCCCGCAAAAGCCUUUUCACUCCACUUGAAUGAAAUUCGUCGUUUGACGCCAUGGAAAAAUUCCUCCUUUCCGUCUAAGCGGCCGCCGGGACGUCCUGCCAGCGGAGUGUGUGAAAAAGACUUGUGGAAUGGACAGCAAAGGAAGUUCCUUGCCUUUGAUGGCCGAGCCGGCAAACCCCGUCAGUAUGAAGCAGUCGCCAGAGUCGCGCAGCGACCCUUCCCUGCUCAUGGACCGGGCCGCCGCGCAAACAGCCACCACCUUGCAGAUUGGCGUACUCCCAAAGAUGUCCGGCCACGCUCACGGCAACCACGGACAUGACCGACUCAAGGACCUCACGUCUCUGGUCCUAAACAGCGACCAGGACGCCAUCCCCAAGAUGUGCGCCACUGAGCCGCCCUCCCUCAAGGGCGCCGAAGCUCCUCCUUCCAACGGAACCCAUCAACACGCCCGUGCCCAUCACGGUGAGCCGGGGCUGAAGGCGAGCGUACCCCAAGUGGUCAAGGCGCCUCUCUUUGAGCCCUGCUUGGCCAGCGGGACCAGCUUGGCCGCCGCCGAGGGUGCUGCCUUGGCGCCCGAGGAAAGACAGGAAGUGAAGAAGCGGCGGCGGGGGAGACCUCAGAAACCAAAACCUCAACCCAACCUCAGUUCGUCCGCCAUAUCCAAAGAUGCUCUUGGUCCCGCUUCGGAGGCAGUGGAGGUGCCUGCAAUCGUCACUGAGUCGCCAGCAAACGCGACAGAAGCUCUGCCUUUGCCGAACAGCUUCUCUGUUGGCGACGUGGUGUGGACCAAGGUGUCAGGCUACCCCUGGUGGCCCUGUCUUGUGACCACCGACCCUGAACUCAACCACUACAUCAAACCCAAACCAAACGCUAAAGGCAGGUCAGGCUUUCUUUACCAUGUGCAGUAUUUUGGAGAUGCUCCUGAAAGGGGCUACAUUUUUGAGAAGAACAUGGUGCCUUUUGCUCGGGAGAGCCAGUUCCAGGAACUCGGCCUGCGCAGCAAGCAGCCGGUCUCGCGUGUCCUUCACAAAAAGACCCUUCAAUCGGUGCCCCGUAAAGUGCGCCCCCAGUGGAAGAUGGGCGUCAUCCAGGCCACCGAGGCGCUGGCCAUGUCGCCCGACCAGCGCUUGGCCAACUUCAUCUUUGCGUACGACGAGAACGGGCCUCACCUCAACGCCUGCAUCCUGGACAAGCUGAAGCCCGAACCCGGCGCCGAGGCAGAGGUCCGGCUCCUGAUGGGCGUGGCCGCUGCCUCCAAGCGUGGACAGCGGCUGAACGGAGGCCAUCUGACGAGAAAGAAGAAAGAUGCUCAACCCCCGGUGCCUCUCAAGAAGCCGCCAAGACUUCAACAACCUCUAAAGGUGGACGGGAGGCGGAAAACAUCCACAGGUCCUUCUGAGAAGAUGACGUCGGCAGAAAAUUCAGCUCCGGCUAAGAGGCGGCUGAAGCAAACCUCCAAAAGGACAACCACGGUCGACGCAGCCGUGGAGCAGCAGCCCAAAAAGAGGCAAAAAAAUGAGCAGGUCAACCGGAAGGCCAGUGCAAGGAGUUGGAAAGCUGACAAAGAAGGCAAAGAAACCAAGAAGGCACAAAAAGAGCAGCAAGUGCCUCUUGCAGAAGCCGAGAAACCAAAGCGCAAAAGGAAGCGGAAGCAAGAUGGCGAAAGCCUCGGCGAGCCCACAAAGUCCAAAAAGAGACGUUUAUCCCUUUGUCCUGAACCUGAGGGUUCCGGAAGCGAAGGUUGUCCCGCUUCUCCGAGCGACAGCCUAGACGGCAUGAAAAAGGGAGAACGCAAGAAAGAGUUUGUCUGCCAGGUGUGCGAGCGGGCCGGCGACGACCUGGUUCCCUGCGAAGGUCAGUGCUGCGGAAUGUUCCACCUCGGCUGUCUGGGCGAAAGCUUUCAGCCGGACGACAAGCCGCUGUGCCGGCCGUGCAGCACGGGGGUUCACCCGUGCUUCUCAUGCAAGCGGUCGGACGGGGAUGUGCGGCGCUGCCACGUGGCACACUGCGGCAAGUUCUACCACGAAGUGUGCGCCCGCCUCAGCCCACUCAGUGUCUUUGACAGCAAAGGUUUCCGCUGCCCACUGCACACUUGCCUCAGCUGCCACUAUGGCUGCCGCACGCAGCACAGGUCCACCAAAGGGCGGUUGAUGCGGUGCCUGCGCUGCCCGGUGGCCUACCACGUGGGCGACCUGUGCCUAGCGGCGGGCAGUGAGAUGAUCACCAACACCGCCAUCAUUUGCACCAACCAUUUCAACGCCAAGAAGGGAUAUAGGCACCACAGUCACGUCAACGUCAGCUGGUGCUUUGUCUGCUCCAAAGGAGGUCAGCUGCUGUGCUGCGAGUCGUGUCCCGCCGCCUUCCACCCCGACUGCCUGAACAUCGCCAUGCCCGACGGCAGCUGGUUCUGCAACGACUGCCGCACCGGCAAGAAGCCCAAAUACCGAGACAUCAUCUGGGUCAAACUGGGAACUUACCGUUGGUGGCCAGCGGAGAUUCACUCCCCGCGCAACGUCCCCACCAACAUCCAGCACCUUCGCCACCAAAUCGGAGAGUUCCCGGUCUUCUUCUUUGGCUCCAAGGACUACUUCUGGACUCACCAGGGCCGCGUGUUUCCCUACAUGGAAGGCGACCGAGGAAGCAAGUACCAGAAAACCGGCAUCGGGAAAGUCUUCAAGACGGCGCUGCUGGAGGCUGAAUCUCGGUUCAAGGAAAUGAAGAUGAAGCGAGAGGCCAAGGAAGCGCAGGAGAAAAAUCGAAAGCCGCCCCCGUACAAAUUCAUCAAGGUCAACAAGGCGGUCGGCAAGGUGCAGGUGUACGUGGCCGACGUGUCGGAGAUCCCCAAGUGCAACUGCAAGCCCUCAGUGGAACGUCCAUGCGGCUUUGAGUCGGAGUGCCUGAACCGCAUGCUGCAAUACGAGUGCCACCCGCAGGUGUGCCCCAGCGGCCAGCGCUGCUGCAACCAGGACUUCAGCAAGCGCCUCUACCCAGACACCAAGAUCAUUAAGACGCCUGGCAAGGGCUGGGGCCUGAUGGCGCUGCGUGACGUCAAGAAGGGCGAGUUCGUCAACGAGUACGUCGGAGAGCUGAUCGACGAGGACGAAUGUCGGGCCAGGAUCAAACACGCUCACGAGAACAACAUCACCGACUUCUACAUGCUCACCAUCGACAAGGACAGAAUCAUCGACGCCGGUCCCAAGGGCAACUUCUCCCGCUUCAUGAACCACAGCUGCCAGCCCAACUGUGAGACGCAGAAAUGGACUGUCAACGGGGACACGCGUGUGGGACUGUUUGCCAUCUGCGACAUCCCGGCGGGCACUGAGCUGACGUUCAACUACAAUUUGGACUGUCUGGGCAACGAAAAGACGGCGUGCCGCUGCGGCGCCCCCAACUGCAGUGGCUUCCUGGGAGAUCGCCCCAAGAACUCCAGCGGUCAGGUGGCAGAUCCCAAAGCCAAAAGGCCCAAGCGCAAGUACCGGAAGCGGCGGACAGAGGGCAAGAAGUCGGACGACGAGUGUUUCCGCUGCGGCGACGGAGGCCAGCUGGUCAUCUGCGGCAAGAAGACCUGUACCAAAGCCUUCCACUUGUCCUGUCUCAACCUCUCCAAGAGGCCCUUUGGUCGCUGGGACUGCCCGUGGCACCACUGCGACGUCUGCGGCAAGAACUCCCAUGCCUUCUGCCAACUGUGUCCCAACUCCUUCUGCAAGGCCCACCAGGAGGGAGCAUUGCGUGCCUGGCCGCCCACGGGCCAGCUGUGCUGCCUGGAGCACGAUGAGCAGCAGGACGUCGCCCUCGCUGCUGUUCCGGCCAUCGCCCGUCCCAAUGGCCCAAGGAAAACCCCGGUCAAGAAUGCCAAGAGGAAAGCGGCCGAAGCUUAAAAAGUAGAAAGAAACCAAACACAAAAGGUUCAAUCUUGGUCAUCAGGGAACAAGUUCACCGAUUGCGCUUUUUCAGUUUUUUCCUUUUCUUGCACUGAGCUAUCCACUUCCUGGUCUGAUUUGUUUUUGCCAAACUGCAUGUUUUUAAGUUUGUAAGUCAAGGCUUUGAUACUUGAGUCCCCCCUUCUUUCUUUUUAAUAUAUAGAGAAUACAUAGUAAAUAUGUGCAUAUGACAGAAAUGAGACUACCUUGUACUGUACUUAGUCCAGUAGUGUCCUUCAUACUUUUUUUUGUGAUAAUGCCCAACAGAAGGUGGUAAUAAUGAUAGAUUGUGUUGGGGGAGUGGUGAGGCCGGGCUUCCAUGUGAAUCUGUGACAAACACUACUGAGUCGUUCGAGCGCUCCAAGCAUAUUUUGUACUCUUCAGUUGGAUCCUAACUUCUAGUUUUUAGUCUAUUAAUAAAAGGUGGCAAAAGUCAGCUCUCAAGGACUCACUGCUUGAAUGUACAUUGAGCUCUGGAAAGACUGUUGAACAUAUGUAGUGGAUUGUUGUGAGCACCAUUUAACUGGUUUAACUGGCUUUUAACUACUAUCCCUCCUAAACCACAAACUAAUAUGUACAUACUGUAUAAGUGCCCAUAGUAAUGCCUUCUAUUGUAAAUAUAUCAAGUUUUUUUCUCCUAUCAUUGUCAAUCUUUGUGUGCUACAGCUUAAUAAUAAAAAUACUAACAAA